CUUCGGAGUUGCCUAUUCAGCGCCCUUGCCGAGACGCAUUAUCAAUGUAGGAUUGCUUACCCAUGGCGAUGGUGGCGAUACGUGCGCACAAGAAGAAUAGAGGUCCACGUGAGGUACUCGAAUGAAGAAGUAAGUUUAAUGCAUUGCACAGGUCAAGUCAGCAGAGUGCAUUAUACGUGUGCCUAUAUACGAUGUUGUGUUGUUAAAAGGAGACUCUGCUGGCACUAUGCCGCGCUCUUUCACACACCGUUCUCAUCGGUAAAUUCAACACCACUACGUUUUAUUACGGCAACAACGCUAUUGAGCCAUGGCCCCGAAACCUGCAAUCGUUUUGAUCCCUGGAUCUUUCACUACUGCAGCCAUGUACUAUCCUCUCCAGGACAUACUUUUGGCUCAGGGGUACGACGUUUACAUCAACGCCUUGCCAUCAGCGACGAGGAAUCCACCAGAACCACCGGCAAGCUUGAGUGACGACGCAAGCUUCUUCGGCAACAUCAUUGGGACGAUUGCAGACCAAGGAAAGGACAUUAUAGUGCUCGGUCAUUCGUUUGGUGGUAUGGUCGCCUGUGAAUCAGCCAAGGGCCAGGGCAAGGCGGAGCGGGAAGCGAGAGGUCAGCCUGGUGGCAUCAUCAGGAUCAUCUUUCUGACUGCUAUCGUCUUGCCGGAAGGCCAAUCGGUGACUGAUCACCAAGGUCAACCGCCAACAUCCAUUAUAGCAACAGACGAGCAUGGAUUCAUGCGACUCACCGAUCCCGCAUUUUCCGCGUCGCGCGUGUAUGAUACCUGGCCAGAAGAACGAGCUCUUGCUUGGGCCAAAGCCGCGCCGAAACAUUCAGCUCUCAGCUUUGCAAGUCCUCUCACUUAUGCCGCCUACAAGGACAUCCCUUCGUCCUACAUCUUUUGCGAGCAAGAUCAAAUCCUGCCCCCUCCCGUGCAGGAACAUUAUAUCAACAACAUCAAGGCUGCAACUGGUAAAGAGGUGGACAUUCACAAGCUGAGCACAAAUCAUGCUCCAAAUCUGACCGCCACAGAAGACUUGGUGGAGGUCAUCCUGAAGAUUGCCAUUGCUUCUUAGACGAGAGAUAGAGGCCAAAUCCCUGUUCCAUAGACUCAAAU